AUGUCUUGUCGAGUAACAUCCAUGUCUCUUCUCUGUGUACCUCUUAUAACUCUGCCUGAUAUAAAACCACUUAUUGAAGCUCUCCUUAACUAUCGUGAUCAUGGACCACAAGAAGUGCUUCACUCUCAGUUUUUAGAAGCGGUGAAUGAGGCUAUACUACGGAAAAAUAUCUCCUUAUCUGAAACUGCUGUUCUGCAACUAUGGCUUCGUCACCUUCCUAGUCUAGAGAAGGCAAUACUACGAAAUAUUGAACAGUUAAUAUCCAGUCAAUCAAGGUCAAUGGAAGAGAUGGCAUGUGUGAUAAAAGAUUCUUUAUUGCAUCAAGCUGCAUGUCAUCCAGCUGUCUUCAGAACUAUUGAUGAAAUUUUCAAGAAUGCCCUGCUGGAAACUGCUGGAGCUCAAGAAAUAAUGAUUGUAAUGCAGGUGUUUACACAGUGCUUUGUUCAAGCUUACCAUGAGAAUAAUAAGCAGCAUAAAUUUCCACUGAAGGCCUAUUUUCCUCAUAAUCCACACUCACUUGUGAUAGCUUUCCUUAAAGCUCCUUCAGAUUUGCCUGGUAAUAGUCUAUAUCAGCAUUUAGACCACCUUGCUGGAAUGCUCAAAACAACAGUAGAAGUCAAGGGCUCUGAGUCUUUGGAUGAAGCCUUCAACAACUGGCUUUUGUUGAUUCACUUUGGAGAAUGGGCUGAUCUUGCAGCAAAGCAGUUGCUGUUGUCACAAGCAGAGUCCUCUAACUUGUUGUGGCUUUUGGUAUUUUACUAUACUCCAAACAACGUGAAUCAGCAGAGAACUCAAAUAAUGGUAGAAGCUAGAUCUGUAUGUGACUAUCUGACAAGCCUCUCAAGGAUGCCAACCAUUUCUGUUGCAGACCUACAAACUUUAUUCAGCAGCAAAACCAGUGUAAAUCAUUCUGCAGCUAAACAUAUUGUUAUACAUCUGAUUAUCAGCUUUGUGCUAUUUACUCCUAAUGGACACACCGUAGCCAGGGAAUUGAUUACAUACAUUCUAGCUGGAGGUGGUGAAAUCCCAGAAGUAACUGGACUUCUUACCCGUAUCUCAAAUACAGCUAGCCAACUUGGAGUGAAAUAUCAAUGCUCUGUAAAGCUAGCAAAUGAUCUGCUCCAGGAAUUUCGAUGUGGUGCUUAGUAUUUAUUCAGAAUUAUGGAAUAGAAGGAGAGAAAGUAGCUGUUUUCCAAUGGGCAUUUUCUGAAAGAGAUUGGAAGAUAAAACUGUUAUUUACAAACUGUAUAAUAAUGACGUUCAUGUAGUUUUUCUGCAUUUGCAGAAAUAUCUUGUUCAAAGUUACUCAGAAGUGCAUUAUAAAGCUGUUCUUUUUGCUUUGAGAAAAUGUUUAAAAUAGUGGCAUGCUUUAUCGAUGCCAUCAUUUACAAUCCGAUCAAACAUCUUAUUUCUGCUAUACCACUUUGUGGCAUCUAAGCCCCAUUACAAGCACAUGAUUAUUAGUGAUUCCUUUUGAACUAAAUGUUUCCAUUAGAUCAGUGACCAAACACCUACUUGUGUUUCUUCUAACUUGUUUUCUUCAACAGGAAGCAAAUAUCAUAUUUUGUUAAAGUGGCAUUAGUCAGCAAACGUAUUUUCCUUUCCUGGGGCUACAUGGACCAUAGACCUUUCCUGAGCUGCAGACAUGGAACACUGCCAAGGAAAGAUUUGUGCAAUUUUAAAAAUUGAUUUUUUUUUAAAAAAAAAUCCUCCUUUCAUAGCAGAACUAACAAGCUGCUAUUAAAAGUUUGUACUUAACAAGGAUGUCUCCCAAUUUGCAACUUAAGAAUCUCAAUCUCAUAAAUAGAAGACUUGUUUGGAAAUCUCUCACAUUUUUUUAUAAUGCACAAGAAGAACAUACUUCCUGUAAACUAUGCAUUUUGGAUUUUUAGAAGUUUCCUUUAAGGCUUCUAAUUUAAAUCUCCUCCUACAUAGGAAUAAUGGAAUUCUUACGCCAGCAUGCUUUUUGAGGGAUAGGAUGAGUUCCAAAAACAAGCAGGAGAAAAAAUGUACCCACAAACAGGCUAUUCUGACCCCUGCACUAUGUAAUUGGUGUUUUUGAAGUAUGAUGUUCUGGAUCUCUAAUUUAUAUAAAACCUUAAUGUUUUCUAUUCUGGCAACUAGCCAUUUAAACCUAAGAAAAAUUAAUUUUUCACACUACUAUAGGAAAUACAGGGCUUUUUCUGCCCCUUAAACUAUGUAAUAUGUUUGCCAAAUUAGGAUCUGCUCCUCCCACUCCUGAAAAUAAAUUAUGUGACUGUUGUAGAACUGCAUGUGUUCAGCAUUCUACAGUUAAUCCUCAACCAUUCAAAAUUAAGAUGGCACUGGAAAAAGCAGCUU